UGGUACAAUGAUUAAUUGCUGAUCAACUAGUGUGCUCUUGAUUCUUUUAGUGUGCACAGUCUCAUCCUUCUGCCUCGGCUGUUUCGUUUCCCUGCGCAGUAAUCGUUCGCGUGCCGUCGAAAACCGUAAAACCGAGAACCGAGAACCGCGAGCCGCAUGCCGUGAAAAACCGUGAGCCGUAAGGUCAAUGCCUAGGAUCUUUUCUAUGCCACAAUGGGUCUUUCGGAACAAGUAUCAAGUAUCAAUUAAUAAUUACCAACGAAGCUACCCCUGUUUAACACGGAUGCGAGUUACGCGCAGGAUGACCUCGGGCCGUCUCUAGGUGUCUCUCUUGUGAUCAACACAGUCCCGAGUUGACGACGCCGUCUCGUUACGCUACAUGCUAUACACGUCUUGAGAACUCUCUACGAAAUGCGGGAGAAGACAAACGGAAAUCAACCUCGGAAGGCUAGACUAGGCUCGCUUGGCAUACGUGUACCCCUUAUUAUGAAACAAGCAAGUCUGACUCAACUUUCGUAUGACUGUCUACGUAUGCCGUCGAAAACCGUUCAGAGCACUGGACCGAACUGGAUUGCGUGACGUGUGGCCUGGGUUGGCUGGGAAUCAUUACCAACGGAUCUCGGAUUUGCGGACUUCAUCAUAUGUCGAUUUUUCCAAAUUUGAAAUUUGGGAUUUGUAUGGAGUUGGAUUUGGUACGGGCCUUACUCCGUGAAGGUAUGAUGCGAUACGAUAUGGUACGAUUAUCGGGAUUAAGGAGUAUCAGACUCUCACUUGCGAGCUCUUACCUAGCUUCUCUAGAGGUUCAUGAUGACUGAUGACUGACGGAGGAAUCU